UAUUUGAGUUGCACUUAGUGGGCCACUAUAAAUACUAGGCGAAAUUACCGUUCAUAUUCAGUUACUUAAAGUUAUUGACGCGUAAACAUGUUUGGAAUCGCGUUGGCAAUCGUUUUCUGUCUUUUCUGCUCGGUGCAAGCUCAUUUCCCUGAUGAUCCCAAACCCUGUAAAUACGGCGAUGGCGAGUGCAUCAUGCAGUUUGUCAACACGUUGUUCAGCGAGCGGUAUUCGGAGGAGGAUCCUGGCCUGAAUCUGAUGCAGCUAGAUCCCCUCAAGGUGGACAAAAUGGUCAUUAGCCAAGGAGAAAGUGAGAGUCCUGUUGGCAUUACGCUUACCUUUACUGACAAUUUGCUUUACGGCAUCAAGGAUCAAAGGAUCGUUAAAGUGAAGGGAUUUGGCAAGGAUCUCACGACAAAGCACGAAUUGAAAAUUGUUUCAAAAACCUUUUCUCUAGUGGGUCCCUAUAACAUUCAAGGUAAAGUUCUAAUUCUGCCCAUUAGCGGCACCGGAAUAAGUAACUUGACUAUGGCUAAUGUCAAAAUAAUCGUUAGCUUUUCGGGCAAUCCGUUAGAGAAGGAUGGAGAGACUUACUUGGAUGUCACCAACUUGAAGUUCUCGAUGAAACCCGAGUCCACCCACUACCAAUUUUCAAAUCUUUUUAAUGGAGACAAGGCUCUGGGUGAUAAUAUGAACGUAUUUCUGAACGAGAACGCGGAGGAAAUUUACAAGGAGACAGCUUCAGCCAUCGACAGGUCCUUUAGCCAGCUGUAUUUGGGCCUCGUGAAAGGCGUUUUCGCCAAGGUUCCGUAUGCCAAGUUAUUUGUAGAGGAGUAGCUGGCUCUUCCCAAUGUAAUAUUCUAAACUUUUUAUUUAAAAUGGGUAUAGCCCUCUUGUUGAUUUUUCUCGCUCCAGCACAGGUUGUUUGUUUACUGACAGUUAUAAGUUUUAACGCUUGGCAAUCAUCAUUAGGUUUAACAGGGGUCGUAAGUCCAACUUGAAUGGUAGUAUAUGUAUGUAGGGAAAUGCUAGACUACCAUCAAGCAAUGAAAACGGCAUCUUCUGUAAAUAGAACAACAUCCCGUGUCAAUAAAGUUUAUACACUGGACACUUUAUAAUACUAAAUUGUCCAAAUCUAUUUGGUGUUUCCCCAAUUAAAAUUUUCAAAUUAUAACUAAUUUUCAUUUGUGAAACUUCAUUUUAUAAUUGAGAUUAACUUUAUGAUACUAAACUACUAUUAAAUAAAACCAAAUUGGGUGACAAUAAAUUGUA